AUGCCUCAGGCUCGCAGCCUUCGUACCAGAGGUACUAUGAAUGAGAACGAUGAGAACGGGCCGUCCGCACGCGUGACACGGGCAAAGACAGCUGCCCUCACCACCGAUAUCUCUGUCGAGGGAGCGAAGAAGGCCUUGCAGACCAAGAAGACUACAACAACUGCCGCCACCGGACCGACACGUCGUCGGGCUGCUCUGGGUGACGUCAGCAAUGUCAACAAGACUGAAGGUGUUGAGGUAAAGGAUGGGAAGAAGCCAGCUGCCAAGGGCCUAGCCUCGAAGACAACUGUCCAAACUGGCGGUGUCCAGAAGCUCAGCCGUAGCAACACAUCUCGAACUGCCGCCCUUCGCCGUCGCGACCCGAACCCCAAGAACGUUCCCGUCACUGGACCGCAAAAGCGCCCCAACCCCAAGCCCGCUCAGGAGGAGACUUCGCAACCGGAGGGACCUCCUCGCAAGAAGCCCGAGAUUGAGCAGAAGCCCGAGGAGGUCGUGGAAACGAAGAAGCCCGAGCCUGAGGCUUCUGUCAAGGAUCUCAUCAACGCCGGUGUGCAGGAUCUUGAUACGGAGGACCUGGAUGACCCGUUGAUGGCUGCUGAAUAUGUAGUUGAGAUCUUCGAUUAUCUUAGGGACCUCGAGCUCACCACCCUGCCCAACCCUGAUUACAUCGACCACCAACCAGAUCUUGAAUGGAAGAUGCGCGGUAUUCUUGUCGACUGGCUGAUCGAGGUUCACACCCGCUUCCGUCUCCUUCCUGAGACCCUGUUCCUCGCUGUCAACAUUAUCGAUCGCUUCCUAUCUGCCGAGGUUGUUGCUCUUGACCGUCUGCAGCUCGUCGGUGUCACCGCCAUGUUCAUUGCCUCCAAGUAUGAGGAAGUUCUCUCUCCUCACGUUGCCAACUUCAGCCAUGUCGCCGAUGAGACUUUCUCGGAUAAGGAAAUCCUCGAUGCCGAACGACACGUGCUUGCCACCCUUGAAUAUAACAUGAGCUUCCCCAACCCCAUGAACUUCCUGCGACGUAUCUCCAAGGCCGACAACUACGACAUUCAGACACGUACUCUGGGCAAGUACCUCAUGGAGAUCAGCCUCCUUGACCAUCGUUUCAUGGGAUUCCCUCAAAGCCACAUCUCCGCCGCAGCCAUGUACCUUGCCCGUCUCAUCUUGGAGCGUGGACCCUGGGAUGCCACCCUUGCUCACUACUCCGGAUAUACCGAGGAGGAGAUCGACCCUGUCUUCCAGCUGAUGGUUGACUACCUCCACCGCCCUGUCUCCCACGAAGCCUUCUUCAAGAAAUAUGCUAGCAAGAAGUUCCUGAAGGCUUCCAUCUUGACGCGUCAAUGGGCCAAGAAGUAUCACCACCUGUACGUCGACAAUUCCGAAUCGUACAGCUACGCCAAGGACGAGCAGUAA